AACUGACAUGGGGUCCACCUCACCAAUGAGAAUUGAGAAAGGGAAUAUCUCAAUGUAAUCAUGUACACAGUUCUCCUCCUAGUCAUGAUUCAUGAUUCAUGAAUAUGAUAAACCCAUCCCCAUCUCAGAGACGCGCAAAAACAUUCCAUGUCAAAGGUUUCUCUUUCAAAAUUACCCCUUUGAUUUUUACCCGUCACCCAAUCAGGACAAUCACCCUCCUAUUAAUCACAAAUGGGUAAUCAAAGGUUUAUUUAAUCAGGAAUAUCCUAAAACGCACAUAAAAUUAAACCCGUUUUUAUUUUUACCCAUGUUGGGGAAUGGGGAUGGGUUUGUCAUCCUUUUGGCCUCCUUUUUAAUUAGUUUUUCAAGCAUAGUAAAUGGAGCACAUUCAUAUUCCAUGAGAAAAAUAUUAAAAAAAUAAGAUGAAUAGACUAGCCAUAGGCCCCUUUAGAUUAGAUAUAGGCAUAACGUGCAGUGUCAAAUUAAAAAAAAAAAGGGUAUGUGGGAUGAAUAAAUAAGUCUUUUGCUCUUAGAUCGACAUAAUAGACACUCAAACCCAAAACACUCACUAGGAAACAACUCAAAAAAAAAGUGAAUCCUCUCUGUGUUGGUAUAAGAAGCAACUCUUCAAAUUUAUGGUUCAUCCAAUUCCUCAUAUAAAAGAGAGAGAAUCAUUUUACCUGAUGGAACAAGUAGAGUUAGAACCAUGUCUUUCAGGCGCAUCGAGCACGAUCUCAGCCGCGCAUGAAGCUCCGCCACACACACGCUUAUACAGACCACUGCAUCAACAAUACAAAACAGGUAAAGAGGCACAGCUAGAGGAUCAAUAUCAAGAUCAAGAUCAAGAUCAAGAGCAAGAGACAGUUUCUGAGACACAUAUACCAUUAGAUUUAAUGCUGUCUAAUGAUGAAUCAUGCCAUGAAUUCAACGCGGAACUCAAUCUCAUCGACUGCUUAAACGUAGGUUCAUCUCAGAGUUCAUCAGAAACUCCCCAACUAUCAGAAAGCUGCGAGCCUCGAGUUUUCUCAUGUAAUUACUGUCAGAGAAAAUUCUACAGCUCGCAAGCGUUAGGUGGACACCAAAAUGCUCACAAAAGAGAGCGGACUAUAGCCAAAAGAAACCAGAGAAUAGGAGCAACAAUCGCCGCCACGGCAGCGGCGUUUGGGCAUCCUUACUUACACCAACAACACAAUUAUUCAAACAUUGCUUCCUUACCUCUUCAUGGUUCUCCCAAUAGAUCUCUUGGAAUUCAGGUACACUCCAUGAUCCACAAAACUCCUGCUAAUAAUAAUACUAUGACAAUGUCUUCUUCUGGAAAUGUGUACGGACAUCAAGGGUGGUUAAGGUUACCUAUCGAACAACAACCUGCGGUAGGGAAGUUAGUGACGGAGACAUACCACCACGGUAGCACCACCGCAGGACCGUCUUCCAGAGGUGGCGCUGGUAGGUUCAAUAUAGUAGAAGAAGGGGUUACCAGUGGCGGCUGGUGGACUGGAGAAAGUCAAAUUAAAAGUAUUUCAGAAGACUCUACAAACCUUGAUCUAUCCCUCAAACUUUAAGAACUCUUUUUUCUUUUCUUUUUCUAGAAUUUAGGGGUUUGCUACAAUAUGCUUGAAAUAUUAUUUAGCUUAAUUGUCUCCUUCCCUUCCUUCAUGGGAUGAUAUCAUGUAAAUUUUCUAAUGACAAAAAGGUAAAAAGAUUUUUCUUCUUUCAA